GCCACACAAUAUUCAUACUAUAGAAUUCUCGUCGAUGAAUCAACUCGUGAAGAAUUUAAAUAUUUCGUAGUAUGCAUAAUGUUUUGGGAUCAUAAAAAAAAUAUACCAUCAGUUACUGUGACCAAUCUUGAGGAUUUAAAUAAUUGCACUGGCCAAUCGGUAGCAGACA